GAUGAGAUGAUCAAAUCUACCGAGCUCCACCCUGAGGUUUUUCCUAUAAAAGUGGCCUCUUUGACUCUCAAAGCACUGAAUCCACCAUCAUCACCAUCAGAGCAACUCAGAGACCCAACAUACCAAAGAUGGAGUCUGGAAAACGGUUGUGCUGUCAAGCCCUCUGGGCGGCACUGUGGCUUCUCUCCAUCUGCUCUGGCGUCCCCACGACAUCCAUAGACACUGAAGUGGAUCCUCCGGAUGUGUACAACUCCCUGUGGAUAAACAGCACAGACAUCGCCAUGGAGACGCUGAGGACACCGUUUGUAAAGCACAUGAAGCUGGGCGACCUGCAGUCAGACGACUACGUUAACUUCAUGAUCCAGGACAUCAACUAUCUGGUGAAGGUCACAGAAAUGCUGAAGGAGAUGACUGAGAAAGUGAAGAGCCCCAAAAACCUCCAAGAGUUCUUUAAAGGUCGAUACGAGAGCUACAAGAAAUUCGCCCAGCAGAUGCUGAAACAGUUCAGCCUCAACGCUGUGUCGGAGAUCAAACCCAUCCCUGCCAUGGAGAAGUACCUCAAGGACUACAAAGACAUCAAGGACAACGACAAGCCCAUCUUCUUUGCUGUCAGCCUCCUUCCCUGCUCCAGACUCUGGAUUUGGCUCGCCAAUGAGCUGGACAUCGGCUACGGCAACGCCUACUUCAUCUGGAAGAAGAACAACAUGUACGGCAACCCUGAGAAACACUACAAGAAACUGCUGAACAGCUAUCUGAAGACCCCGGAGGACAUCAAACGAGCCAAAGAGAUCUUCCACCAGCAGAUGCAACAUGAGCACAACUUCUUCGCAGCUGUAACAGCAGCUUAGAGAUAAAAUACAAAGAACAUAAGGUUUCUAUUUGGCUUUAUCUAAUGACAAAAUAAGCAAG